AUGUCCGAAAGCCAUACGAUUCCUGUAGCCACAAACGAUGCCGCAUCAAAACCAAAAUGUCUUAGGAUAUCCGGUAUUCCAGAUUCCUGGAGCGAAGACGAUCUCCGUUGGUGUUUGAAGACACUUGAUCCCAACCUCCGCGGCAAUGACUUCAAACUCUCGCUUUAUCCAGCUUGUCACGGAUCCGGACAAGUUUGCACGUUGAACUUAUCCCAGUGCACAGAAUAUUUUCAACAAGUUGUACCUUACAAACCGUUCUUCGCCUCUGUGCAAGGUCAAGAUUUCUCGAUCGAUUGCGACUUCAACGGCUUGACGCCCCUCAAUACUCCACCAAAGGAGAUCCUCGCUGACAUCGUUGCUGUUACUGGACUCGCUGGGCACCCGUACGGAUCCUGGAAGAAUCGUCAAAGUCAGCGAAUGUGGCUCCAAGAUUUCCUCCCCAGAGAUCUUCCCGGAGUCCGAAUCAUGACGUUUGGAUAUGGUAGUAGAAUAGAGGCCAACAAAGGAAUGAGCCGCAUGUUGGACUAUGCUCGUUUUUUUGUGGAUCGACUGUACAUUGCAAGGUCUUCCAAAUCGGUAUGGUUAGUUGCGAUUCUUCUAAAGACAUUAUCUCACUUCUACUCUGCAGGCACAAUCUCGUCCCAUUAUCUUCAUUGGCCACUCUCUGGGUGGUAUCCUAAUUAUCCAGGCGUCUUCUUCUUUGGUACUCCACAUCAAGGUUUACGAACAGAGGAACUAGAAGAAAUGGCAAACGACUUGAUCUCAGAUCCAGACGAUACAAUCGACCUGUUGCGAAAACUGCGUGCUGGUUCCGAGUUUUUGGAAUCGCAAUCAGACGAUAUUGCAGAUAUUCUCGACAAAAUGAAGUCCUCCCAAACUGGGCGAUAUGAAAGAUCUGGAGAAGAAGUUCAAUCUGUCGCUUCAUCUGCAGCUUUUAUGCACUUGCGACAUGAGGUUCGAAUUCCAGUUCAGGCGAACCACACUGAUAUCGUCAAAUUUCUAUCAAAUUCGGACUCGACCUAUAUUUCUUUGGUUACACACCUCAGAGAUUGCGUUCAGUCGAUCAAUGUUACACAUAAUGAAGAGAUGCGACCGAAAAAAGGCGAGACCGGUGACAUGGAAGACCUCGCAUUCAAACUCCAAACCUUUGGUCAACUAGAAGAGGCCGGGAACACUCAGCGACAGGCCUUGGAAGUUCGAACUUCAAUCCCCAGACCAAAGCAUCGCGAUACGGCCAAUGCAAUGCACACCCUCGGGUUGACACUCUAUCAUCGCUGCCAAGUAGAAGAAGCCGAGAAGCUUCACCGACAGGUCGUGGAACUGCGAACUUCGAUCCUAGGACCAAAGCAUCCUGAAACGGUCGAUGCAAUGUACAACCUCGGGUUGACACUCUAUGGUCGUGGUCAAUUAGAAGAGACUGAGAAGAUCCAGCGACAGGUCUUGGAAGUCCGAACUUCAAUCCUCGGGCUACAAGAUCCCGAUACGAUGCGGGCAAUGCACAAUCUUGGGUUGACGCUCUAUCAUC